AUGGCAGAAUCCACGUCCUCGCCUGUUUUUGACGCCGAGAAGGUCACCGUCAUUUAUGUCCUGGGUGGGCCCGGAGCUGGGAAAGGCACGCAAUGUAGCAAGCUCGUUGACGCGUUUGGCUUUUGCCAUCUAUCUGCUGGAGACCUUCUGCGUGAAGAGCAAAACCGAGAAGGGUCUCAAUAUGGUGAAAUGAUCCGAACAUACAUUCGAGAGGGUACUAUCGUCCCAUCUCAUGUCACCAUGAAGCUUCUUGAGAAUGCUAUGACCGAAGAGAUGAAGAAAAAGACGGGAGAUGGGUGGGUGGAUGGUAGGGGUCGAUUCUUGAUCGAUGGCUUCCCUAGGAAGAUUGAUCAGGCUAUUGGAUUCGAUGAAACGGUAUGUCUUGCUUCAUUGGUCAUCUUCUUCAACACAUCGGAAGAUGUGAUGCUUCAACGCCUGCUGGAGCGCGCAAAAACCAGCGGACGUGAAGACGACAACGUCGAAACUAUUAGAAAGCGUUUCCGCACAUACAACGAGCAAACCAUGCCCGUGAUAGAACAUUACAGGACGCUGAACAAGGUUGCAGAGAUCGAUAGCACGGCGGCGGUCGAGGAAGUCUAUCAUGCGGCGUGUGCUACUGUUACCAACCUGUUUUCUUGA